GGCAGCCGUGUGUAUGUGUUGAGACAGUAGCCAGAACAGGCUUUUAUUCCUUCCUUUUUUUUUAUACAACUAUAUGUCUACAGUUUAUGCUACGCCACAUUUUAAAAGUUUGCCGUCAAGAAGUAAACAGCGCCGCUGCCGUUUGGUUUUUCUCCUGCUGGACGAACCGCAUCGUGGCGAAAAAGCCCAGAAGAAGAAAGAAGGAGAAACAACAUGGGCCGAUAAUUUAAAGAAAAAACAAAAAAAAAAAAAGAAGACGCGACGAUGACUCUCUGGAAGGCUCCGUGAAGCUUAUUUAUUUAUUUUUUUUUAUUUAUUUUUUUUAUUCGCCCUUUUCCUUACCCCAUGUGGAUUUUUUUUACUACAAACUACGGAGGUUAUUUUUAUUUUUUUAAGAUAGCUGGAUUAGAAGGGGACUGAAUGAUGGAGCAAGCCGGCAUCCUGAGAAAGUUUAUCCAGGGGGUGAGGGCCAUGAGCGUGGGGGACGACGAGAGGGGACAGGACAACUUCGGCAGCGACUUUCUGCGAUUACGGAGAUUAUCAACCAAAUAUCGAACAGAGAAGAUCUACCCCACCAAUGUAGGGGAGAGAGAGGAGAACGUGAAGAAGAACAGAUAUAAAGACAUACUGCCAUUUGAUCACAGUCGGGUGAAGCUGGCAUUUAAAACGACAAAUCAGGAUUCAGAUUACAUCAAUGCUAACUUCAUUAAGGGUAUGGAUGGCCCAGAAGCCUACAUUGCAACUCAGGGUCCGCUGCCAAAUACUGUCAUUGACUUCUGGAGAAUGAUCUGGGAGUACAACGUAGCUGUUAUUGUGAUGGCUUGUCGAGAGUUUGAGAUGGGCAGGAAAAAGUGUGAGCGGUAUUUCCCUCAGCUCGAUGAACAGCCUGUGAGUUUUGGCCCUUUCAGAAUCUCCUGUGAAACCGAGCAGGCCAGAACAGAUUAUUUUAUCAGGACUCUCAUUGUGGAGUAUGAGAAUGAAUCCAGGAGGAUAACUCAGUUCCAUUAUAUGAACUGGCCUGAUCAUGACGUCCCCUCCUCCUUUGAUUCUAUACUUGAUAUGAUCGGCCUAAUGAGAGAAUACCAAGAGAAUGAUGACAUCCCUAUAUGUGUUCACUGCAGUGCAGGCUGUGGGAGGACGGGUGCUAUCUGUGCUAUUGACUACACGUGGAACCUACUGAAAGCUGGGAAAAUACCAGAAGAUUUUAAUGUGUUCCGGUUGAUUCAAGAAAUGAGGACGCAGCGACAUUCUGCUGUUCAGACAAAGGAGCAGUACGAGCUGGUUCAUAAAGCCAUCGCUCAGCUUUUUGAGAGGCAACUACAACUACUGGAGAGCCCCACCAGCACACAGAUACACGACGGCAUGGAUGAAAGCAGUCUGGACAAAGCAGGCCAGCAGUCAGAUGAGGACAGAUGGGACACGCCGCCUCCGAAACCUCCUCGCAUCCGCAGUUCCCAGGUAGAGGGUGAUGUUAAAGAGGAGAUUCUCCAGCCCCCAGAGGCCCACCCAGUGCCCCCCAUUCUGACCCCGUCUCCCCCGUCAGCCUUCCCCACCGUCACUAAUGUACGGCAGGACAACGACCGCUACCACCCCAAACCUGUGAUACACCUCUUGGCUACCACACAGCACAACGUGACACAGAAUCAAGAUGUGGAUCAACAGCAGAACCAGUCAGAGGCCAGUACAACCACACAGACUACCCCGUCCACGCCAAAGGACCCGGAUCUCUUAGGUCCAAAACAGCAGAGCCAGGUCUUAAAUCUAGAUCUCAAUGACAACUAUAACAACAAGCUGAUCUCACCGUCAGCUAAAUUGGAAUCAAGCCACAUCCACACCCCCUCCUCUCCCCUGUCCCCGGCCCUAGAAUGUUCUGGUGCUCCUCGGAUUGAGAGGAAACUGAGCAUUGAGAUUAAGAAGGUGCCGUUGCAAGAAGGACCUCGCAGCUUCGACACAUCCCCUUCCAUGGGAGUGGCCGGUGGCCUCGGCACCGGCUCGACGAAUAACACAAGCAUGCUUCAACGGAGCCACGCCUUCAAAUCCCGUUCUGGCCAGUCCUUGCUGACAUCUAGCUCCUCGCUGUCAGAAGACUCUGGCACAGAGGGAGGAUCAGGUGGAUUUGGAGAGAGUCAAGUUGAUGCUUGCCUGCCUACCAGACCAAACCACCUUCCUAUGAAAGGUGGAGAGAAAGAGGAGGCGCAGGGAGGAGAGACAACUGAUCUCAAAGCCGGCCAUGCAGUGUGGGCUCAGCCCUGUAGCAGCCCAGACAAACGGUUCCCAAAGACCUCCUCGUCUUCUUCCUCCUCAGACCAUGUUGUUCCAUCUUCAUCCUCCUCCUCUCAUAUCUCCUCCUCUUCCUCCUCAUCCUCAUCCACUCCUGUUAGGACUGCCCUGAGUUUUACCAACCCCCUGCACUCUGAUUACUCAGACGAAGACGGGGAUGGAGAGAUGUCUGGUGGAAGAGAUUUUCGUACGAAUGUUUCCACAGUGAUGGCAGUUGUAACUUCGACCUCUCACCACGGAGACCAGCAGCUGGUCCGCAAGGUGCUGCCCAUGUCCAUUGCAGGGCAGGACACUCCAUUACCUACUGCAGCUACAGCAAAUCCUAUGGACAUGACGACGUCAGCCUCUGCUGAAUGUAGCGGAUCACACAAAGAUGUCGCAGAGUGUAUUAAGAAGACGUAUCCUGUGGAUCCCAAGUCUGCUGACAGCAAGCCAGACCCCUGUGGAGUUCGGUAACCGCUGCAUUCACCCCAUAGGCCCUUGAGAAGCCCUGGUGGAGUGGACGUGAUGGAUCGCUCCUUGUCUGACCACCUACUUCAUCACCCCUUGUCAGGAGAUGGACUUUUCAGGUCUCACCUGGCUGGUCCAAAACCAUGUUCAUAGAUGCUACAGACUUUUUUUUUUUUUUUUUUUUUAGUUGAAACGGCUUCUGUGUGCCAGCACCUUCUCAAGACUGAACUGCUCCUCCUCCUGCACCUCCUGUUGCUCCUCUGCUCUCCGUUCCUCACAGUGUUGCUGUGAAAAGCAGAACAUCUUCUCACAUUCAGGCCCACUGAUUAUAAGGAGUUUCCGUUUCUGGAAGCUGACCUGGGAUCAGUCCAGUUAUAGUGUAAUUCCUGUUGUUUUCGGUGGCUGUCGGUAAACAGAGGAUGUUGUGUCCUCUGACAAGAAAGUGUUAGAUUUUAAAGUUUUUCUUCUUGGAGCUGGAAACACGUGAUGGUGUUCAUGUUACAUGAACGCAGGAGGAGCAGAUGGACGUUAAACGAGCUCUCCUGAAGUCGGUAGACAGAGAACUUUGCCUCACACCAAAAGAGGAAAAGAUUUUAAAGGAGAAAUCGUCUUUGAAUC